AUGAUUAGAGGUAAUUGUUUUAAAUGUUGUGCUUGCGAUGAGAUGUGUGAUUGUGGGUGUAAUAGCGAGGUGCAAAGGCAUGUCUUGAACGAAGAAGAAUGUGGUCGCGAUAUCUUGAACUGCCAGAGUCAGUUUUUGAACAAAGAAGAAGUACAGAGAAUUGCAGACACUAAAGCUUGCAUCCAGGUUCCUCUCUGGAUUGUGAAGUCAGGCUCUUCUUCAACAACCUUAUUUGAUCACAGAGACAUUAAGAGGUCAAUUUGCUCAGGCUCAGACCUUGUCUUUCAAAUGUUUAGAUCUGCCUUUGAAAAGCUGAAUGAUGGUGAGAUAGAACUAGCUGCUGAAGAUAAAGUUACUGGAAGGUUUCUAGCCAUGCAGCCAGCAGAUUCACAGGGCAUCGAGGAGGCGGAAAAGAGAAAGAGCAAGUAUCGAAAGGUAAAAACAAGUUUGAAACAGGCAGACAAGUUUGAGCUACUAAAAAUCGGAUUACACGGAAAAGUCUUUUGGGAUACACCAUCAGUGAAAUUGUACUAA